ACGGAUUUUGGUUACUACUUUGGCCCGUGGUUCUGCCCCGAUUUCCUCCGAAUUGUUACAAACUCGCCGUUGUUCCCUGGCUGGUUACAAAGUUGGAUCCGGAAUUUCUCUUCACCCGGGAGCCAACGGUGUCGAAGCGUCUGCAAUGAACCCGGUGAAUGCUACUGCUCUCUACAUUUCCGCGAGCCGCCUAGUGCUCAACUACGACCCCGGAGACCCCAAGGCGUUUACAGAGAUUAACAGGCUCUUGCCUUACUUCCGACAGUCCCUCUCGUGCUGCGUUUGCGGACAUUUGCUACAAGAUCCUAUUGCACCCACCAACUCAACCUGCCAACACUAUGUCUGCAAAAGUUGUAAAGGCAAGAAAAUGAUGAUGAAACCUUCAUGUAGCUGGUGCAAAGACUAUGAGCAGUUUGAGGAAAACAAGCAGUUAAGCAUCCUAGUGAACUGCUACAAAAAACUAUGUGAAUAUAUAACACAGACUGCAUUGGCACGGGAUAUAAUAGAAGCAGUCGACUGUUCUUCUGAUAUUUUGGCUUUGCUUAAUGAUGGAUCCUUGUUUUGUGAGGAGACGGAAAAACCCUCAGAUUCAUCCUUUACUUUGUGUUUGACACAUUCCCCCUUACCUUCAACCUCAGAACCCACAACUGAUCCUCAAGCUAGUUUAUCUCCAAUAUCUGAAAGCACCCUCAGCAUUGCUAUUGGCAGUUCUGUUAUCAAUGGUUUGCCUACUUACAAUGGGCUUUCAAUAGAUAGAUUUGGUAUAAAUAUUCCUUCACCUGAACAUUCAAAUACGAUUGAUGUAUGUAACACUGUUGACAUAAAAACUGAGGAUCUGUCUGACAGUUUGCCACCUGUCUGUGACACCGUAGCCUCUGACUUAUGUUCCACAGGCAUUGAUAUUUGCAGUUUCAGUGAAGAUAUAAAACCUGGUGACUCUCUGUUACUGAGUGUUGAGGAAGUACUCCGCAGCUUAGAAACUGUUUCAAACACAGAAGUUUGUUGCCCUAAUUUGCAGCCCAACUUGGAAGCCACUGUAUCCAAUGGACCGUUUCUGCAGCUUUCUUCCCAGUCUCUUAGCCAUAAUGUUUUUAUGUCCACCAGUCCUGCACUUCAUGGAUUAUCAUGUACAGCUGCAACUCCGAAGGUAGCAAAGCUGAAUAGAAAACGAUCCAGGUCAGAAAGCGACAGUGAGAAAGUUCAACCACUUCCAAUUUCUACCAUUAUCCGAGGCCCAACAUUGGGGGCAUCUGCUCCUGUGACAGUGAAACGGGAGAGCAAAAUUUCUCUUCAGCCUAUAGCAACUGUUCCCAAUGGAGGCACAACACCCAAAAUCAGCAAAACUGUGCUUUUAUCUACUAAAAGCAUGAAAAAGAGUCAUGAACAUGGAUCCAAGAAAUCUCACUCUAAAACCAAGCCAGGUAUUCUUAAAAAAGACAAAACAGUAAAGGAAAAGAUUCCCAGUCAUCAUUUUAUGCCAGGAAGUCCUACCAAGACUGUGUAUAAAAAGCCCCAGGAAAAGAAAGGGUGUAAAUGUGGGCGUGCUACUCAAAAUCCAAGUGUUCUUACAUGCCGCGGCCAACGCUGCCCUUGCUACUCUAACCGCAAAGCCUGCUUAGAUUGUAUAUGUCGUGGCUGCCAAAACUCCUAUAUGGCCAAUGGGGAGAAGAAGCUGGAGGCAUUUGCUGUGCCAGAAAAGGCUUUGGAGCAGACCAGGCUCACUUUGGGCAUUAAUGUGACUAGCAUUGCUGUGCGUAAUGCUAGUACCAGCACCAGUGUAAUUAAUGUCACAGGGUCCCCAGUAACGACGUUUUUAGCUGCCAGUACACAUGAUGAUAAAAGUUUGGAUGAAGCUAUAGACAUGAGAUUCGACUGUUAAAUCAGUGGGUCUUUAAACCUACCUCUGGUAGGAAAAUAGCUACAGUUUUACGGCAGCUAUGGUUUUGUUGGUUUAACUUGCCGGAGCUCCUGCAUAUAGAUCACUUGUAUCAAGUGUUUUCAUUGCUAAGUUAUAUGUGUUAGUGUCGGGGAAAUAGUUUGCAGAUAAUGGAGGAGUAACCCUACAACUAUAUGUCCUUAGUUCUUACAGAACCUCAUAGUUUGAGAACAAAUGCUGAUGCAACUGAUUUAUACAAAAUGAACUUUGGCAAGGAAAAUAACAUUAACCUCAUUGUUUAUGGUCAUGCUUUGUGCAUAAUCAAAGUUUAUGAUUAAAUGUAAGGAAGUGGUAUCUAGUCAGUCCAUAAAGAUUGUGCUCAUAUUUUAUGGAAAAGUAGCCAUUAGUUUGUUCAGGAGACUCAGUGCUACCUUCAGAUGCCAUUGAUGUUUCUCCUGUUGAAAAGCUGAUGUGUCCAGCUCAACCUUUGUACUGACAUAAUACCAUUUCUGAUCAUGAAAAUUGGCUACUGGUGUAUGUAGCAGUUUUUAAAUCAGCAGUAUUAUGAAAGAAAAUUUGCCCCUCAUUAGAAUGUUGAAAAAAUCUGUCUUUUAAAAGUGAACAAACUGAAAUUCUGUCAGACUGUGUGGAUGUUUAGCUGUUCAUGCCACAAAACUCUUCUGAGUUGAAUCCCAUUUUUAGUUAAGUCUGACUUAUUUCUAGGGGAAAAACUCUUAAAUCUUUCCUUCACUUUGAGCAAUGUUCUGAUUAGAUAAAUGAAGUGGAGAAGAGUAGUUUUAUUCUGAAGGUAAUUGAAUUUAGACUAUACUAUGUGACAGAAUUUAAAAAAAUUAUACAAAUGUUUUAUUUAGAAAUUGGGAUUUACUUAAAAUAAUUUUGGAAUAAUGCUCCAAAACUUACUCAGAUUUAUGCGUUAUGCCUAUUGCCAUUGGCCACUUCAAAGUGAUUUUUUGUUUCCUCUGAUAGUUUGCCGCAGACUUUAUUUUGAAGAUACUUUUUCCAUUUUUUAAAAUUUUUAAAUAGGGUGCUAUUCGUUGUGGAAACUUCUUUAUAGAGGCCUAAUAAAAAUGCCUUUUUAUGAAGCCUGUGCAUUUAGGUAGGUUUGAAGCUAGUUGGAUUUUCUUUAGAAUACUCUUUUGCAUGUAAAGCACAAACUAUGUUUCAGUUUAAAUACUUGUCUUUCCUGUAAUUUUUAUGGGGGAGAUAAGUGAGUCACAAACAUUCUGUUGAAGGGAAAUCUAGUCAGUUGCUUGAAAGAGCACACACAGCCCAAAUAAAACAAGGACUGACUAGGUUGUAAAGAAAUGACCUUAUGAUUUAAAAGAAGAGUUGCUGCUUUGACAGUGCUUAUUUAAAGAAAAAUACUGCUGGAAAAUUUUCAGUUUCUACUACGUUCACCAUCUUUUCUGAGAUCUGACAUAUGCUGAAGUUAUGUUUUGAUUUGGCACACAGCAUGUUCAAUGAUGGUUACUCACCUAGUACAAGACAUGGAGAAGAAACCUUUGGACACAGAGCAGAUGACACCUCCUUCUGUUUUGUAGUGUAUCCUGGUGUCAUUUUCUGUGAAUGUGGUCAGGUAGAGUUGUUUUUGUUGUUGUUGGGCUUUUUUUUUUUUUUUUUUUUUUGUCUCUUUUGGUGGGGUGGGGGUGGGCUAAAGCCAUAGGAAGAAAAAUGUGAUGUAUGUGUCCAGUAUGUACUAUUUUGUUUUUGUUUUGCAAGAAGAGUUGAACUAUUUUUGAUAACAAGAGUAAAUGGUGGAAAAUGCUUCUUAGUUGUCUUGUCUUUAUUUGCUUUCCAAGUUUUGGAAUUUUAUUUAAUUCCUCUGAGUGUUAGCAGUGUCGUAUGAAACAUGUAUUUGCCUAAAGUUUGUAAAAGUUUUACGUUGGACGGAGAUGCCCUGCUAUAUAAACUUGUAAAUCUGUUCUUUAUUCACUAAUGAUCACUGCAAAAAUGAUUAGAAAUAAUGAGAUUGUACACAUGGAUGAUUAGAAUAUAUUUUGCAAAUCUCCCAAACUUUCUUAAUAUUAUGAUCUUAAAAUUUCUUGAGUACUUUAUUGCUUCCCAAGUUUGAUAAUCUUAGUUUCGUGUUUUUUGAUGCAUGGGAGGUUGGCAAUAUAGACACAGUGAAAAUCAUUAGUAUGUGAGGGCCUUGAUUGUUAUGUAAUAUUGCCAAUGAUGAAUUCAGGUUGUUUUUAGCACAAGUUUCUCUUUUUUAUGCUGGUAUUCUCACUGCCACACUUUUGGAAACCUGUAUUACACCUUAAAUCUAUCAAUAAAUGUUAGUUUUCUAAUUCUA